AUGGCAAUUCUGCCUGAACAGCCAGCAGUAUUACCCUACAGGCCCAGAAGGAUGGACCCCAAUCCAUUCCCUCCACCUACAAGAGGAAGGAGAGGCAGAGGGGGAAACUACCCUUAUGCUAACAACGACAGGAACAGGCUGGGGGCAAACUGGAGGAACCACCCAGGUCUGGAAGAAUCGGAGGAACACAGGGAAGAAGUUCUGCCUAUGCCAUAUAGGGCAGAACCCCGAAUUAAUUAUGCCCAGCCAGAACAGGGGCAAAAUCUCCUCCCUGUUAAUGCUUUAAAUGACGUGGGGGCAUUGCAAAGGAUGAUCAGGGAAAUGAUGGAGCCUGAGGCCAGGAGGGGAGAGAGACCCACCUACAGAAAGCCAUAUCCACCUUACAUUGAUCAGAUACUUUUGUCCCCAGGUUUUAAAGUGCCGAACUUCACUUUAUUCAACGGAGAGGAUCCCCAUGCUUCAUCAGUCAAGCAUAUAGGCAGAUUUUCUGUCCAAUGCAUAGCCAUAGAGAAUAACCCACUGUUAAAGCUAAGACUUUUCGGGAAUUCUCUCUCUGGACAAGCUUUCACUUGGUACACCAAUCUGCCAGCAAAUUCCAUUCAGACUUGGGAACAAAUGGAGAGUGUCUUCCAUGACUACUAUUACAGGAUUCAGCCAGAAGUCACCAUCAGUGACCUUGCCGCCCUCAAACAGAGUGAAGAUGAACCUGCCCAAGACUUUAUAAACAGGUUCAGGAAGCUCAAAAUGAAGUGCCGAAUCCCCAUGGAAGAAAGACACUUCAUCCAAAUGGCUCAGGCUGCCCUCAAGAUUUCUCUAAGAAAAAGAUUUGAUGGGAUGCUGUUUGGAGAUCUGGCAGAAUUGGCAGAUAAAGCGUCCAAGUACGAGGAACUGCUCAGGGAGGAACAGCAGAAGAGAAACUCUUCCAAAGGCACGUAUUAUAAAUCUCCUUCUUCCUCAAUACAUACGAUUGAAGUAGAGUCAGAAGAAGAUACAGAAGGAUCGGAGGAGAGAGAGGUUGCAGUUGCAGAAAUGGCAAAAUUAAAGCAUCCCAUCAGUUGUAAAACUCUUACAAAGCCUCCAAGAGAUCAGAAGCCGCCACCAUUCACAGGAGGGUUUGUUCCAAACAAACCAAUGCAGAACAAGGUGUAUUCCUUUGAUCUGACCAAGGUAGAUGCCUUGUUUGAUGAAAUGUUGCUGCAGAAAGCAAUAGAGACACCCCACAGAAUGCCCAAACCAAAAGAACUCAAGGGCAGACAGUAUUGCAGAAGACACAAUUCUUGGAAUCAUUCUACCAAUAGUUGUGUUGUUUUCAGAGAUGUCAUCAAGGAAGGGAUAACAGCAGGAAGGCUGAAGCUGGCAGAAAAACCCUUUUCCCCCGCCACAAGUUAA